CUCAUAAAGAGGCCCCCAGUGAACUUCUGGUGUUCAAAUUAUCUUCUGCCACACAGCAGAAAAGACCUUCUGACUUCCUUUUAAACAUUUCACUUCAAAUAAUCCAAUGUAUUCUAUGAAGAUAACUCCCAUCUGGAUUCUUAUUGCCAGUCUUUACAGAAUAGGUCCCAGUCGAGCUGUAGAUCUUCAUCAGAAGCCAUUUUUAUCAGUUAAAGUUGGUGAAGCUGCUACACUUCACUGCACAUUUGAGGAACACAUGAGUGCAGAGCGACUGAUUUGGUAUAAAUAUAAACUGGGACAGACUCUUCAGCCGGUGGGAACAGUGUUAGGAAAGGUCUACAUUUAUCCAGAAUUCAAAUCAACAAUGGAACUGAAGGCAAACAAGAGCAGCUUUUCUCUGAAUAUUAAACGUGCUACUGAAGACGAUGAAGGAAUGUACUUCUGCGGUAAAUCUCAAGGGAAUAUUAUUGAGUUUUCCACAGGAACUUCCUUAGCUGUGACAGGUUAUCCUGAGUUAAACAUCUCAGUGCUCCAAACUCCAGUACAGGGGUCAGUUUCUCCAGGAAAGUCAGUCACUCUGCAGUGCACAGCCCUCUCUGAGAUCAGAGCAGCAGAACUCCGAGUGCUCUGGUUCAGAGCUGCUGCAGGACAAUCCUUUCCUGAAAUCAUUUACACUCAUCAGAACAGCAGCAGCCGUCAGUGUGAGAUCAGCUCUUCUACACACAGCUCUGUGUACAACUUCUCCAAGAACAUCCUCGACCACCACCAUAUUGGAACUUACUACUGCGCUGUGGCUGCUUGUGGGAAGAUCAUUGUUGGAAAUGGAACAACAGUAGAACUGAGGCGGCCUCUGGAUCCUGUAGUGAUCUGUCUGGGAGCAGCUUUAGGAGUGUGUGUGGUUGUGAUCUCUGUCCAAACCAUUUUAAACUGUAAAACGAGAAACUGUGAACACUGCAGUGCAGAAAAGCUUAAAGACUCAGUCAAAGAGAAGACGACCAAACAGGAUGAUGAAGCUGAGGAGCUGAAUUAUGCAGCCUUAAAUUUCCAUGAAAAGAAAACUAAAAGAGGAAGAGGGAAACGAGAACAGCUACAAGAAGACACCCUGUAUUCUGCAGUGAGGGGCUCCUCUGUUAAUGACCACAGAGUAACUCAUUAACUGUAACUUAUUAAUUGUAACUCAUUUAUUUUCUUUUA